CACUCGGUCGUCGAGGGUUGCGAACGCGCACAGAAAGCACCCCCGCUCAGUGAAUGCUGGGCAACGUGAUGCAGCCGCGCACCAACGCAGCCGACCUGACCGACACCGGCAGACCUGGCGAGCAACACCUGCACGCCAAGUCCAGCAGGGUCUACAGCAUUGACCAGAUCCUGGGCCACCACGCCGCCAGCAGACCUUGCGUCUCGCCCCCGGGCGCCCUCCGUGCAGAAGACGCCGACUCGAGUCGUUUGGAGAGCGCUUCGACAAGCUCUGGUGACACAGAGCAUGGAGGUGAUGAGGCGGCCAAUGGCCUCGGCGGCUCCGACAUGGGCCACGGUGGCAUGGACGACGGUGACGACAUGAACAAGCCACGCAAAAUUCGUCGCAGCCGCACCACGUUCACCACCUACCAGUUGCACCAGCUCGAGAGGGCCUUCGAAAAGACGCAGUACCCAGACGUCUUCACCAGAGAAGAACUCGCCAUGCGACUCGAUCUCAGCGAGGCCAGAGUACAGGUCUGGUUCCAGAACCGCAGGGCGAAGUGGAGGAAGCGUGAAAAGGCGCUCGGCAGAGAGACCACUGGCUUUCUGCACGCUGAACAAGCAGGUUUCCCACUCCUUUUUCCAGGCAUCCACGACUUCAACGUUCACGCACAAUUGGCAGGCCUUCCUCACCUUGGUGGUGGCCCUCACGAGGCAUUUUGGCCGGGCCCUGGAACUUUGGGCGCCGCUUUGGGUUUUGGGCCCAUGUUGGGUCUCCCACCAGGCCUCAGCCUUCCGUGGGCAGCGGCUGCCGCUUCUGGAAAAGGGCCCUCGCCGCCCCUGCACGCCCUUUUGUCGCACUACGUGUUGGCGGCAGGGUUGCCCGGCCCUGGAGGUCUCGCAGGUUUUGUGCCACCUGGAGUGCUAGGCUCGCUGCAGCACUCUGCCGCCGCCUCCGUGGUGCCACCUCCGCAGUCGCCGCCUCACCCGCCCAAGGGUCGCAGUCCUGACGUUGAGGCUGAACAGGGUAGCAACGAUGGAAAAGACGAUGAAAACAGGAAGAACAGUAUUGAGGCGCUGCGAUUGCGAGCCAAAGAGCACCAGGCGUUGCUGGAGCAGCGCUUUCUGGCAGCGGCGGCCAAGUCGGCGGCCGCGCAGGUGCAGGCCAAGUCAUAAAUCAGCGGUCGAAUCCAAUAAGCUUCAUCCGCGCUCUCUGAUCAGCCGCUGCUCUAGUUGAUUUCCUUCCCACGCGUGUUUAUCUAAUUUAUUACACCGACAAGUGUUUCGUUUCUCGCUCUCCUCCCGACUGCUGGGCUGGCUGAUAACGCACGCCGAUUAAUUUUGUAUUUAUUAUCAUAUGAAAAAAAUCUAUAUCAGCAGCAAACGAGAACCCGCGCCCUUUUCUAGACUGAUUUCUUUGUUCAUUUUUAAUACAAGCCUACGUAUGUAAAUAAAGAAAGUAAAUUGACAAUAAAGAAUUACACUCGGAGCAGCCCGACGAAUACAUGGGCUUUUUCUUACAUUUAAGAGCCUCGAUUAAAUAUAUAGAGUUAAUUAAAUAUCAUUAGUAAAAUGAGCAAACUAGAUUUGUUGACAAAGAACUUCAGCCCUUUUGUGCCCAGUUUUCUGUUUCCCCGUCAUUAAAUUAUAGUGAAUGUGAUUCCACGAAAAAAAAAUCAAUAACAGAUGUGAAUGUCAACCGCGAAUUCUAUAGAAAAAAGUAAAUAUUGUACAUUGUACGAGCCGUAGCGAUA